AUGUGCAGAGCAUUCAUAGCACAGGCGAUGCUUUUGCAACACUCCACCGUGAUGGAACCGUGUCUACGUGGGGAGGUAGCCGAUUUGGCGCUGACAGCCGUCAGGUCCAAAGUCGACUUAGAGACGUUGAAAGGAUAUUUGCAAGCCAUGGCGCCUUCGCAGCACUUCGCCGGGAUGGCUCUGUUGUUACAUGGGGAGAUCCCGAUAUGGGUGGCGACAGCCACUGGCCAUGGAGUGCAGAAGAACCUUCGGAAUGUCAAAGAGCUGGUCGCUGGAUACUAUGCUUUUGCUGCAAUGCUUGAUGACAGGACGGUGAUCACCUGGGGUGAUCUUGACGAGGGAGGUGAUAGCACCUCAGUCCAAGAGCAGCUGAAAGACGUGGAGAAAGUUCACAGCUCAGGUCGCGCCUUUGCUGCUUUGCUAGAAAGCGGAAGAGUUCUUACAUGGGGCAAACCAACAGAAGGUGGUGACUGCAGUCUUGUUCAACGUCAGCUUGAAAAUGUGCAGAAACUUGGCGCUUGCGGCGAAGGGUUUACUGCGGUUCUGGAUGAUGGUUCGGCUGUCGUCUGGGGCAGCCCAUACUUACGUGGCAAGGUAGUCACAAGCAAGGAGAUCAAGGAGCCACUCAAAGAUGUCCGGCAGAUAUGUGGCUCAGGACAAGCUUUCGCUGCCCUACUUGGGGAUGGAACAGUUCGUACCUGGGGUCGUGAAGAUUCGGGUGGUGACAGCAGCCUGGUCGAAGAUGAACUUCACCACGUUGUGGAGUUGCAUGCUGCGCAGUAUGCGUUCUGUGCUCUUUGCAGCGAUGGGCGAGUUAUCACAUGGGGCGAUCCAACGGAAGGUGGCGACUGCGAAUAUGUCCAAGAGGAGAUUGACUGCUUGUGA